AGCGCUGUGAUUGGUGCCUAGUUUGGCGGACUUUACCCUACGGGUGCGGGAGGCAGUGUGGGGGUCGAGGUCUAGCGGGGAUCUGGUGUCAUUACAGCCGGACUCACGUCUUCCAGCGGCCGGAGCCUCUUCUCCACUGGCGGAUUUCUAUCCCGUGUGACCAAAGAAUCAGCCGCCAUGUCUGCAACAAACGGCCACGGUGUGAGCAAGGAAACAUGGGAGUCGCACAACAAGAUGAUGUUGGAGCCUCUGGGCAUCAACGACUCAGAGGUUUUCUCUAUCAUAAAAAAAGAGAAGCACCGGCAGACUUACGGUCUGGAGCUGAUAGCGUCUGAGAACUUUGCUAGCAGAGCUGUGCUCGAGGCCCUGGGUUCCUGCAUGAACAACAAGUACUCUGAGGGAUACCCGGGACAGAGGUAUUAUGGUGGCACAGAGCAUGUUGAUGAGCUGGAGAGACUUUGUCAGAAGAGGGCGCUGGAGGCUUAUGGUCUGGACUCAGAGAAAUGGGGCGUCAACGUGCAGCCAUACUCGGGUUCGCCUGCUAACUUCGCAGUCUAUACGGCCAUCGUGGAGCCACACGGCAGAAUCAUGGGACUGGACCUCCCUGAUGGAGGUCACCUGACCCACGGCUUCAUGACUGAAAAGAAAAAAAUCUCAGCAACCUCCAUCUUCUUCGAGUCCAUGCCGUACAAGGUGAAUCCAGAGACCGGCUACAUUGACUACGACAGACUGCAAGAAAACGCACGUCUGUUCCACCCCAGAAUCAUCAUUGCAGGAACAAGCUGCUAUUCCCGCAACCUCGACUACGCCCGUUUGAGGCAGAUCGCCAACGAGAACGGUGCGUACCUGAUGGCAGACAUGGCUCACAUCAGUGGUUUGGUGGCUGCCGGUGUGGUGCCCUCACCCUUUGAGCACUCGGACAUUGUUACAUCGACAACUCACAAGACGCUGCGUGGCUGCCGCUCUGGACUUAUCUUCUACAGGAAAGGGGUGCGGAGUGUUGAUGCCAAGGGGAAGGAGACGUUGUACAACUUGGAGUCUUUGAUUAAUCAGGCCGUGUUUCCAGGGCUGCAGGGAGGACCACACAACCACGCUAUUGCAGGUGUUGCUGUAGCUCUCAAACAAGCCAUGACCCCAGAGUUCAGGGCCUACCAGGAGCAGGUUCUUGUUAACUGCAAGGCUCUGUCCAGUGCUCUUAUUGACUACGGCUACAAGAUCGUCACUGGCGGCUCUGACAACCACCUGAUCCUGCUGGACCUGCGCAGCAAGGGAACUGAUGGAGGACGAGCUGAGAAGGUUCUGGAAGCCUGUGCCAUCGCUUGUAAUAAGAACACCUGUCCAGGGGAUAAAAGUGCUUUACGCCCAAGUGGUCUGAGGUUUGGAUCCCCAGCUCUGACCUCCAGAGGCAUGGAGCAGGAUGACUUCAAGAAGGUGGCUGAGUUCAUCCACAAAGGCGUGGAGCUGACCUUGGAGGUGCAGAGAAGCCUGGAUCCCAAGGCCCCUCUUAAGGAGUUCAUCAAGGCCUUGGGACAGGAAGAGAAGUUCCAGCAGCGGGUGGCUGAGAUCAAGGCUGAGGUGGAAGCUUUCGCUGGUCAGUUCCCCAUGCCCGGCCUCCCUGAGCUGUAGGGGGCAGCAGUUCACACUCUGAGAGCAGCUGCACUGAUGCUUAAAACAAACAUUGUGUGUCGUGUGUAUAUUUCUUUUAAGGGUUAAAUCUGUCUCUCCAAAUCAGAACGAUACCAAUGCUUGGAACUGUAGUUGCAAAAAAUCAGUUUUGUUGGCCUUUACUGUCUUCGAUGGUUUUUCUCCACUGUGAAUUCAAUCUCUCUUGUUACAAUUACAUUGAAGCUUUAAUUAUGUCAAAAUCUCAAGUUUUUUUUCAGCAGGCAGAACUACACAUCUGAGUGCCAAACAUGAUUACUGCGUUCAUGCGUGAUCAUCCUUGUGUACGAGACGUUUUCAAUAAAAUCUGUGAAUUGUAAAA